AUCGGCUCGUAAAACUGAUAAAACCCAGUCCAUUACAGUGCAAGAAGUUUCGCGAAUUUCGCUUACUGUCAUUUCAUCGAACAGAUUCAGAGGGAUCAUCGGAAAAUUCUCAAUGAAUACAUAACGGAGCAAAAUCAUAAUCGGAAAUUUGGAUUGAAUUUGAGAAAAAUCGGAGAAAAUGGGUGAUGUAGCUGAUAAAAUAGCGUAUUUUCAAGCGAUCACGGGGGUGGAAGACGCCGACUUGUGCACUGAGAUCCUCGCCGCUCAUGGCUGGGAUCUCGAACUGGCGAUCUCUGUUUUUACCUCGCAAAAUCACCAUUCUGCCACUGAGUAUGCAUCCGAACCAACCACCUCCAGUACAUCACCAACAAGCACAAAUCUACCGCCGGAAGAAACUGGUCUCGUUGCCGGUGGAAAUGGAGGACCGCCGGGGUUAGCUUGGAAGAUUAUUACUCUUCCCUUAUCUAUCAUUUCCGGUAGUCUAGGGUUAAUUUCAGGUGCUGUGGGUUUUGGUGUAUGGGCGGCAGGUGGUGUACUUUCGUAUUCGUUGAGAAUGAUUGGGUUUAAUUCGGGGCGUAAUGGUGAAUCUUCUUCACCUUUGGUAUCUGUAUCUGCAUCAGCAGCGGAGGCAAUGAGUUUCGUGGAUAGUUUUGAUAGGGAUUUUGGGAGCAUAAGGCCGAAUUUUAUUGCUGAAGGUUUCAUGGAUGCUUUGCAGAGGUCUAGGCAUGAGUUUAAGCUGCUUUUCGUGUAUUUACAUUCACCUGAGCAUCCAGAUACGCCUAUGUUUUGUGAAAGGACUUUGUGUAAUGAAGCAUUGGUAGCAUUUAUCAACGAGAAUUUUGUUGCUUGGGGUGGGAGUAUUAGAGCUAGUGAGGGUUUCAAGAUGAGUAAUAGCUUGAAGGCAUCAAGGUUUCCUUUUUGUGCUGUUGUAAUGGCUGCGACAAACCAAAGGAUUGCUCUGCUUCAGCAGGUUGAGGGGACAAAAUCUCCUGAAGAACUGCUCAUUGCACUGCAAAGGGUGCUUGAGGAAAGUGCACCUGUGCUUGUUUCUGCCAGGCUUGAAGCAGAAGAAAGGAGAAGUAAUAUCCGAUUAAGAGAGGAGCAGGAUGCUGCUUAUCGUGCUGCACUAGAGGCUGAUCAGGCUCGGGAGCGUCAGAGGAAAGAAGAGCAAGAGCGGCAGGAAAGGGAAGCUGCUGAAGCUGAAAGGAAAAGAAAGGAGGAAGAAGAGGCUCGUGAAAGAGCAGCCCGUGAAGCUGCUGAAAGAGAAGCUGCAUUGGCCAAAAUGCGUGAGGAGAAAUUACAGUCACUGGGCCCUGAACCUGAAAAGGGUCCUGAUGUUACUCAAGUCUUGGUAAGGUUUCCUACCGGUGAGCGCAAAGAGAGAAGAUUUCAAUGUAGUACAACUAUACAAUCUCUGUAUGACUAUGUUGAUUCUCUUGGAUGCCUGGAGGUUGAAAAAUACAGCCUCGUUUCCAACUUCCCUCGCACAGUCUAUGGCUCAGAGAAGCUCACUCUGUCCUUGAAAGAUGCUGGAUUACAUCCUCAGGCCAGCCUUUUUGUUGAGUUGAACUCAUGAGAACGACUUGCUGUAUGAUGCAAGUCUUGUGCUAGAGAUAAUAACUUUUGCUGAAAAUGUUUGUAUGACAAUCAGAAUUGGGCAAUGAAUUCAAUUAGAUGCACUUUUGUCUACCCUAAUUAAUUUU